AUGCUUUUGAAAAGGUCAAAGAAUGGGAGCACAAGAUGCAAGAUCUGGAAUCUGACUUAUAUUGGCAAUGAUGAUGAAGAUUUGAGACCUCAAUUUCACAAAGCUCAGGCUGAGCAUACUAGAUGGCUUAAAUGUGAACAAUCUAUUCCCAAACAAAAGGCUAAUAUUAGAUGGCUUGAUGACGGAGACUCAAAUACCAAAUAUUUUUAUGCCGUUAUUAAUGAAAAGAGAAAAAGAGCUUAUAUACAAAGAAUUCAACUUGAAAGUGGUCUUUGGAUUUCUGGUGAAGAAGACAUUGCUAAUGAAGCAGUGAAAUAUUUCUCUGAUAUAUUCAAGGAGGACCAUGAUCUUGAACUACAACACUUAGAUUGCAUUAACCAGAGGGUUACCCAGGAAGACAAUAUUAUGCUUGAUGCUAUACCGGAUGAAGAGGAAAUAAAGACAGCAGUUUUUUAUCUUAACCCUGAUAGUUCUCCUGGACCUGAUGGUUUUGGAGGGGCCUUUUACCAAAGUUGCUGGAAUAUCAUCAAAUCAGAUCUGAUUGAGUUCAUUCAGCAAUUCUUUGGUGGUACAGGUUUGACUAGAUUUUACACUAGUUCUUGUCUUAUUCUCCUGCCCAAGGUUGAAAGUCCUAGUUCUUUCAAUGAUAUGAGGCCUAUUAGCCUUAGUAAUCGUUCCAAUAAAAUUAUUUCCAAAAUUAUGAGUUCAAGAUUAAAUACUUUGCUUCCUAAAUUUUUUCUGAAAAUCAAUCUGGUUUUCUCAAGGGAAGACCUAUCACUGAAAAUGGGUCUCAAACAAGGAGAUCCAUUAUCUCCUUCUUUUUUUAUUCUUGGAGCUGAGGUAUUAUCUAUUAUGCUUAACCAACUACCUCACAUUAACCAAUACAGGGGAUUUAGUAUGCCUCAUAAUGGUCCACAAAUUACUCACUUAACUUAUUCAGAUGAUGUGAUUAUAUUUUCAACUGGAGGCAAGAAAUCAUUGAUGCUUGUUAUGCAUCAACUUCAAAACUACCAGAAAUGCUCAGGUCAAAAGAUUAACAUUAACAAAAGUUGCUUUCUGGUGGACUCCAAAGCUUCCACUUUAGUCAUCCAUAGGAUCAAACAGGUAACAGGUUACAGGCACUCUAGCUUCCCCAUUACUUAUCUUGGUUGCCCUUUGUAUAUUGGUAGGCAAACAAUUUCCCUUUUCAGUGAUAUGGUUUCUAAACUAGUUAAGAGAACUACUGGUUGGCAAGGUAAACUUCUUUCUGUAGGGAGUAGGGCUACUUUGAUUAAGCAUGUGUUACAAUCUCAACCUAUUUAUUUGUUAUCUGCUCUAGAACCUCCCAAAGAUGUUCUGUUACAAUUAGAAAGUUAUAUGUGUAAUUGUUUUUGGGAGACUAAGGAUGGUAGUAAUAAAUAUCACUGGAGUUCUUGGGAUAAUAUGUGUUAUCCUAAGGAGGAGGUGGUCUGGGCUUUAGAAGAAUUAUUGAUGUUAGCAAAAGUUUGA